AUGGCGGCGAGGAGAGAGGAAGAGGAGGAGCACGAGGAGGUUAGGGUUACGGUUUCGGAGGGGUUAGGGUUUGGGGAGAUGAACGAGAUGGCGACUGGUUAUUACGCAGGGGAGAAGGAGAGGGAUUCGAAACGAUGGGUGGAGAGAGCUGCCAGCGAGCGGAUUAAGGAUUUGAAGGUUGCUGAAUCUCCCAUCUAUCAAGAUGACAAGGAGAUUGAGAGGAUGGUGUUGGAGAAGAAGAAAAUGGAGUUGUUGAACAAGUAUACAAGUGAUAUGUUGAUAGAGGAACAAAGUGAGGCUAAGGACAUGCUUAACAUCAAGAGGUAA